CAUAACCGCCCACGCCGUCCCGUGCCCGAACCAGAACUGCCACCAACCGCAGACCAGCCCGAUAAUCUGGGGAGCCUUGAGGCCAACCUGGAGAGCCGCCGGGUUAAGCUGGGCCGUAUCCACGAACGUGGCAUCGACCCCUAUCCGGCCCGGUUUGAGCGCAACUGCACCGCGACGGAAGCGAUAACGCGGUUUGUGGCGGCUGAAACCGCCAACCGUUUGGGCUCUGCCGACCCCGUGGUGCUGGCCGGACGCAUCACGUCGAUGCGGGUGAUGGGGCGCGCCGCCUUCCUGGACCUGAGAGAUGCCUCCGGCACUGUCCAGGCCAUGCUGCGUCAGAACGUGUUGGGCGACGAUUACUCCCUGCUGCCUGACCUGGACAUCGGCGACUUUCUGGGCGUUAGCGGCAACAUGAUGCGCACACGUACUGGCCAGCCCACCGUUGAGGCAACCACCAUUACCAUUCUUGCCAAGGGGAUGCGUCCCCUUCCGGAGAAGUGGCACGGCCUGCGCGACGUGGAAACCCGUUACCGCCAGCGCUACCUGGACCUGAUUGCCAAUCCGGAAAUCGCCGAUACCUUCGUGCAGCGCAGCAGGGUCAUCAGCGGCAUACGCCGGUUCCUGGAUGACCGCGGGUUCGUUGAAGUCGAUACACCCAUCCUGGUGCCCAUUCCCGCCGGAGCCCACGCCCGACCUUUCAUCACCCACCACAACGCCCUUGAUAUGCAGCUGUACCUCCGCAUCGCCACGGAGCUUUACCUGAAGCGACUCAUCGUGGGCGGGCUGGACAAGGUAUACGAAAUUGGCCGCGUGUUCCGCAACGAAGGCAUCGACCAGGAUCACAACCCCGAGUUCACCCUGCUGGAAUCAUACGAAGCCUACGCCGACUACAAUAAUGUUAUGGAGAUGGUGGAAUCCCUGGUGUCCACGCUCGCCAUCGACCUGCACGGUUCUCCGAGGGUCCCCUACGGAGAAGGCUUCAUCGACUUCACGCCGCCCUGGCAGCGCCUGUCGCUGCCCGAGGAGAUUCACCGCCGCUGCGGCGUGGACAUCGACCAGUAUCCCGACGCGGAAUCCCUCAUCGGCAAGGCCGCCGAAAUGGGUCUGGAUCCAGCGCCCCGGGAAGCUCGUGGGCGUCUCAUCGACAAGAUGCUGUCGGUGUACGUGGAGCCUCACCUGGUUCAGCCCUCCUUCCUCAUCGACUAUCCCGAAGAUAUGUCGCCGCUGGCCAAGGGCCGACCCGACAAGCCCGGUUACGUGGAGCGCUUCGAGGCUUUCGCCGCUGGAAUGGAAAUCGCCAACGCCUACACCGAGCUGAACGACCCAGGGGUGCAGCGCGCCCGGUUCGCCGAACAGGAGCACCUGCGCGCCGCCUACGGCGAUGACGAGGCCGACCGCACCGACGAGGAUUUUCUGACCGCGCUGGAAUAUGGCAUGCCGCCCACCGGCGGGCUGGGCAUUGGCAUCGACCGGCUGGUCAUGCUGCUUACCGGCCAGGCCACCAUUCGGGAUGUGCUAUUAUUUCCGCAAAUGCGCGCGCUCUCCAGCGAUGCCGACGACGACCACGAUUCCCGAUAA